UCGUGUUUUCCCUCAGCAUUUGUUGUUAAGUCCCUGAAUGAAACACGCAGAAACAAUUUUGGAAUGAGGAGUAUGAAAGUCAUUUUAUUGAUCAUCAAUUUUUUUAUUUUCUUGCCAUGUGCCAUACUGGCAAACGAAGAGCACGUCACGUUGCUGUUUGUGGGUGAUGUUUCGUUCGCUGGUCCUGUGAAAUACUACGUUGAACACAACUAUCACACGUAUGAGGACUCUUUCAGUGAAGUGGCAGAAUACAUCAAGGAUGCUGAUAUAUCCGUGGCCAAUUUGGAAUGUCCUUUCGUCGACAAAAAGGUUUAUCGUCACAUGUUCAAAGAUAAGAGAAGGCUGACGAUUCUUUAUUCCAGUCCCGAAGCUGCUCCAGCAUUGAGCUAUGCAGGCUUUGAUGCUGUCACAGUUGCCAACAAUCAUUUCAACGACUUCGGCACUGAAGGUGCUAAUUUCACCGUUGAAAUUCUUAAGAAGGAAGGAAUAAGAUUUUUCGGCGUUACUUAUGGGAGAUUUGAUUCAUCUCAGGAACCUUUGAUAAUGGAAAGAAAAGGAAUAAAAAUAGGAUUUCUUGGAUACUGUGACCAUGUACCAGAUUUCCCAAACUGUACUGUGAUGAGAAGGAUGUACAAAUCUGGUCCUGCUAUCUAUCGGGAUGAUAUUGCCACAAGAGAUGUUAGAAAAAUAAAAGAGGCUGGCGUGGAUAUCAUCGUGGUAUACAUGCACUGGGGAAGAGAGGUGCUUUUGAAACCGCUCGAUUACCAACUUCAUAUAACAAAGCACCUUUGGUCUCUUGGAGUCCACAUGAUCAUUGGAUCACAUCCGCACGUGCUGCAACCUCACUGGCUGACCAAGGACAACAAACUUGUGGAAUACAGUCUAGGAAAUUUCUUGUUUCCUCCUUUGCGUCCAAUAGGUGGAAACAACCCGUUAGUUUACGGUGGAAGGGGUUUUAAACCAAAUCCUCGCUUGAUUGAAUCAUAUGAGUAUAUCACUUAUGAAGUAAGAGAUAUGCUGAAAAUGAGCCGGAUGUUGAGAGUGACUGUCUCAAGACAUGGUAUAGUAAAAGCCGAAUAUCACCCCAUGAGACUUGUAUUUAAUCAGAAAGAAAAGCGACUUCAUCCUGAACCUGAGAAGCACACAAAAUGGUCUACUGUUUGUGGAGAUGACGACAAGGAAUGCCAGAACUUAAAAAGACUGGAAACUGGAACUGGAACUGCAUAACUCUUAAUUAGAAGAAAAUAAUGAUAUAAAUAGCGUUUUUACGACUCUGAAAGUAAGAAGAGUGUUAUGUAGACCUCUGCGUCAAGCCGAAUAAAUUUUACAGCUCCCUUGGUCACCAACUUGUACCUGUGGAAAAACGUUAAUUUUUUAAAGUUUUUAUCAACCAUGCAUAAUAUCUAUGGCUCCUAAAAAUCUAGAUUCUCCCGUAGAGAUCGCUUCAUGCCUUCGGCGCUCGAUUCCAGUGUUUGAGAGAGCGUUCUGCACGUGAAUGUUCCCGCCGUCUCACUUCGGUCCCUAUUCAAAAGAAAGGAGAA